UGUGCCAGCUGCAUUAUACUAUAUAGCACUUUUUAUGUCUAUAUAGCUGUUUCAUUGAGUUUGCAUGAACCUAUUAAAAUUAAAAGCAAUAUCUCCAAAUCAAGAUGGGAUCAAAAAAAAGGCUAGGUGGUAAUGUAGUAAUGAAAACAACAAAGAGAUCAAGGAGGAAGAAGAUGGGGUAUCAUGUUUUCAAUAAUAAUAGUUUUGAUCUUCAACACCAACAAGACAAAGUGAUGAAGCUGCAGAGGCUAAUCCCAGGGGCUAGCCAAUUGCCUUCACAUCAAUUGCUCCUCCAAACUGCUAAAUACAUUAUGCAUUUAAGGCUGCAAAUUCAUGCAUUGCAAGCUCUUGUUCUCUCCAUAAACACAUCAUCAUGAAGCCAAUUUUGUAAUUCUUUAAUUUCUCAUCUUCAUUGAACCUUUAAUGGAUUUUUGGAAUAUAGGAAAUGUAACUUUUUAUAGGGGCCAAGUAUUGCUGAACCCAACAUCUUAGAUUAAAAGCUUAUUAAUUUUGUUUUUGUAGUUUUAGGACAUGCAUUAAUCACUUUUAUGUUUAAUUGUAAUUCAAAACUAGCUUUUGCUGAAUACCAAUUUGUUCUUUUCUUUUUUCAUAUACAAUGGUUGUUUGAAUGUUAUGAUUCAAAACUUGUUAAAGAACGACAAAAGUCUCAUGUCGGUGGUUAAUAAGAUGGGUUGGUUAAUGAGAUGGGUGGACUCAUUAUAAGGUUUGGGCGAUCUUCUUCCCUUUGAGCUAGCUUUUGGGGUGUGAGUUGGUCUAAAACUUAUAUCACUUAUUUCACAUAGUACCAAAGCAGGUCCGUCUCAUCCGACGAGCAGGGCCCGGCAGAUGCUAAGCACUGGGCGUGAGGUGGGCUGUUUAAUUAAGGGCUAAGACCUAUUUCACAGAACUUCUCAUAUAGACUCGCAUUUCAAAUGCUUCUUCCGUUCAAUUUGUUUGAGGAUCAAAUAAGUACGGUCGGAAUAAUUUUUCACCUUAUAUAUAGUGAUUUUUCACCUUAUAUAUAGUGUAUCUCGACGAAGUUUUGAACAGUAGUAUCUAGAUUAGAAUUUUAUAUACAUUGUUCUUCUGAAGGUCGUAGAAUAAUGUAGUUUUGGAAUUUUAGAGUGAUGUAUUAAAAAGGACCAUUUGGAACAGUCUUAAUGUAUCUGUAGCAGUAUAUCCAAAUAGAAACUAACUUAGAAGGAGAAAUCAUGCAAAUCUUUGACAGUUUUGCCGGCCUACCUCUUCAAUAUUUUAAUGGUUUUUUUCUCCUUCAGUCACCAUUUUUGUUACAUCAUCUGUUUUUUUGUUCUGCACUACAUUUGUCUUAGCAUAAUAAGCCAAUUGGCCGUUUUAGCUUUAGCUAUAUCUUAUUUCAUAAAUCAUAGUACUACUUUGUUAGUAGCAUUCUGCUUGUUGCAGAUAGACAAUUACCCAAUCAUUUUAUGAAAUUUACGCGGUGAAGAAGCAAAGAUUUUGACAACUUCAAACGAGCAAUGAUUCCGAGUACAAGAUGGGUAAUCAUGAGUAUUAUCUUUCAAAUGUUGCUAGUACUUGCAGGUUCAGAGACUCUGGAAGUAAGACGAGCAUUAGUUAAGUUUAUGAACAAGAUAUCACUUGGGAACAUAUCGAAAGAAGUAAACUUUGGAUGGGAUUUAUCAUCUGAUCCAUGUACAAACAAAUGGGAAGGGAUAACUUGUGAUUCAAAAAAGCAACAUGUGAAAAAUAUUGUUCUUGAUCAGAAGAAUCUAACUGGAAUUCUUGAUGCUGCUUUUGUCUGUGAGGCUACUUCCCUUGCUGUACUGAGCUUGAACGAAAACGAAAUUGUUGGAACAUUACCACAAGAAAUAUCAAACUGCAGACGUCUGACACAUUUGUAUCUCCGUGGCAACAAAUUAUCAAGCAAUCUACCAAGCUCUAUUUCGCGGUUGAGCAAUUUGAAAAGGUUUGUAAUUUCAGACAAUGCCUUCUCGGGGCAGAUACCGGAUAUGUCAAGAAUCUCAGGGCUGAUAACUUUUUUGGCUGAAAGAAAUCAGCUAACAGGGCAGAUACCAAAAUUUGAUUUUUCCAAUCUUGUAGGAUUCAAUGUUUCAUACAAUAACUUAACUGGUCCGGUUCCUGAUGUCAAGGGCCACUUUAGUUCCAGCAGUUUUUCGGGUAAUCCUGGAUUAUGUGGAGUGCCAUUGCCAAGCAUAUGUCCACCCUCGCCACCGCCAACUCCCCAUCCAGUUGCUAAGAAGAGAAAAGUUUCAUACUUUAUCUAUCUUGGCUAUGCUAUUCUUGGGCUGAUUAUCAUACUUCUGCUUGUAUGGAAGUUGUUUAAGUGCAUAAGGAAGAAAAAGAGCGGUAGUAGUCCAAUGGAUCAGAACAAGACUAUUAUAAGCUCUUCUGUUGUUACAAAGACUCCUAAAAAUAGGUCAGAAUAUUCAAUAACAUCUAGUCCCGAAAACUCUAUGCUCUCAGCAUCAUUUGAAAUCCUUUCAAGUCCUCUGGCUAAUAAAUUGAGAUUCGAGGAUAUGCUUCGAGCUCCAGCUGAAUUGAUUGGGAAAGGAAAACAUGGAAGUGUUUACAAGGUCAAUGUUGAUGGAGUGACAUUGGUAGUAAAGAGGAUCAGUGGUUGGAAUAUUUCGAAAGACGAUUUCAAGAAGAGGAUGCAGAGAAUACAUAGAAUGAAGCAUCCUCAUGUGUUGCCCCUUGUUGCGUUCUAUAGUUCCAAACAAGAGAAGCUAACAGUUUACAAGUACCAACAGAAUGGCAGUCUAUUCAAGCAUCUCCAUUCAUCUCAGGGCAGUAAAGUUUUCGAGUGGGCAAGCAGAUUAGCUAUUGCAGCUAGUGUCGCAGAGGCCUUAGCAUUCAUGCAUGAAGGCCUUCAGAAUGACGAUAUUCCUCAUGGAAACAUGAAAUCCACCAACAUUCUGCUGAACGAUGACAUGGAAGCCUGUAUCGGCGAGUAUGGUCUGAUGCCCAACAAUCAAGACGAGUCAUUUAUUGCUCAAAGUGAUCAUAGCAUCAGAGAAGACCAUUCAGUUGCAAUUACUACACGUAACGCCUUCAAGAUGGAUGUUUAUAGUUUUGGAGUGAUUCUUCUUGAAUUGCUCACAGGGAAGCCUGUUCAGGCUAGUGGAUAUGAUUUGUCUAGGUGGGUAAAUUCAGUUGUUAGAGCGGAAUGGACUGGUGAAGUUUUCGACAAGUCCCUUAUUACAGAUGGUACAAAUGAAGAAAGAAUGAUCAAUCUGUUGCAUGUAGCUCUCAAAUGCAUUGAUACAUCACCAGAUGCAAGGCCUAACAUGAAGGAAGUUGCUUUCAUCAUCAAUUCUAUUAAGGAAGACGAAGAGAAAUCCGUAUCCGCGUUCAGCUAACAAAUCAAACACAGGGCUCCAAUCCAAAGGCCUUGAUACAAAAUUUCCUAUUUAUACUUUUUUUUGUUUGGAGAAAUGCUCUAUCAUUUGAUUUGGCUACGGAGCUCCACAAAUCACUCUGGUAAAUUGUUAAGAACAAAUAUUGUUUUGCUUUCUUGUGUUUAUUCAGGAUGAUAAGGUAAAUUGUUAAGAACUAAAAUACUUUUUCAAUGAAGAUUUUAUUAAAGUUAUA